AUUUUAUUCAUGCAAUUUGACUGAUGAAUUUGAGUAGUUUUUUUAGACGCCAGUGCGCGUGCUGAUGCGCUCCCUUCGUUUAGCAGAUAUCCAGCUCCGAAAAAAAAACAUAUGUUGGUCAAAAUUACAGAUUAAAAAGAAAAGUUAUUUUUAAUGUUCCGACAAAUUUUCAAGUUUAUCCCAGAUCCACGACCAUUUCAUAAACAAUUCUACAUGUCGAGGGCAUUCAGCUUCGAAGUGACUGCCAGAAGAAAAGAGUCACAUAGAUCAAUUAAAAGGGGGCUCGUACUCGGCGCUUACAACGAAGAUAAUAAUGUUAUUAAAUUGACGCCCACUGCGGAAAAAUUCGACAAAGACAAUGAUGGUGUACUGCUCAGAAACUUAAAUGCGUUCGAGAGUAUUUGAGAUUUCUACCUCGUAAAGGAAAAUGGCUUCCAACAGACCAUCUUCAUCCCAAAGCCUGGCCCAUAUAGCAACCCCUCAGAGGCAGCCGAGACCUGCUAAACGGCAGCAUCCGUCUGUCUUGAACGGUGUGAGUGGCUCUUUUGAGGACAAGACAAACGAUUUUUUAUGCCCUAUCUGUUUCGAGUUGAUCGAAGAGGCAUUCAUAACAAAAUGCGGCCACACAUUUUGUUACACUUGCAUCGUCAGAUCGAUUGAGAAUUACAACCGUUGCCCAAAGUGUAGUUUUAUUUUAAACAGUUUAGAUAACAUUUUUCCAAAUUUUCUUUUAAACGAGCUUAUUUCAAAGCAUAAGUUACAAAUAAAAAGAGGCGCCGAACUGACCCACAACAUUGACAUUCAAGAACACCCAGUCGAUGAGCUGAGGCACUUUUUAGCCGCUGAAUCUGAAAACCUCUCUCUUCCUGAUGUCAACGUUAUUCUUGAAGUACUUACACAGAGGAAGCACAUCCUGGAAGCUGAAACCUGUGCAGCCCAAAAUAAGCUCUUGUUUAAUUUUUUAGAACAUUUAUUAAAACAGAAAGAAAGCCAGUUGAACCAGUUGAGCCGGGAAGUUGAUUUAAUAAGGAAAGAUUUAAAAGAAGUUGAAGUUAUUGUUAAAGAGACUGAAACAAGAAAAUUUGAAUUAGAAGAAAAGUGUAAAGUGGUCGAAAGUGAUAAACUUAUGGAUAAAGAUGAGGAGGAAAGUUUUAGUAAUAAGAAACCUGUAGAGUCGAGCACUCUCGCCAAAUGCCGAAAAAGAAUGCAUGCGCAUUUUGAUGACUUUGUCCAAUGUUACUUCACAGUGCGAGCUUCUGAGUUGCAUUUCAGCAAGUCCGAUGUUAAAACACCUGUAGAUACAACUAAAGGAACAUCAUCGUCUUUAGACGUAUUUCGAGAUAAUUUAGUCAAGUUUUCUCGAUACAGUACUUUAAGACCUCUAGCAACGUUAAAUUACUCUUCCGAUAUUUUUAACAAUUCGACAAUUGUUUCAAGUAUUGAAUUUGAUAAAGAUAACGAACUUUUUGCAAUCGCUGGUGUCACCAAAAGAAUAAAGGUUUUUGAUUACGCUUCUGUUAUCCGUGAUGUAGUGGAUAUACAUUAUCCUUCGAUCGAAAUGAUUUCAAGUUCCAAGAUAUCAUGCGUGAGUUGGAAUUCGUAUCACAAGUCGACAUUGGCCAGCAGCGAUUACGAAGGGUCCGUUACUGUAUGGGAUGUAAGUACGGGCCAGAGGUCUAAGACGUUUCAAGAGCAUGAGAAACGUUGCUGGAGUGUCGAUUUCAACGAUGUUGAUACCAGAUUGAUAGCUUCUGGAUCUGAUGAUGCAAGAGUGAAAUUAUGGUCACUGAACAUGGAGCAUUCGGUCGCGUGUCUUGAGGCUAAAGCCAACGUCUGUUGUGUCAAAUUUAACCCUUGUAGUUCCUGUCAUUUAGCAUUCGGCUCUGCCGAUCAUUGCGUUCAUUAUUACGACUUGAGAAACAUGAAAGAGGCUCUAUGUGUGUUCAAAGGCCACAGGAAGGCUGUUUCCUAUGUUAAGUUUCUAAACAGAGAGGAUAUUGUCUCUGCCUCAACUGACAGCCAGUUGAAAAUGUGGAAUAUAAACAGUGCCCACUGUUUAAGAUCUUUCGUCGGGCACAUAAACGAGAAAAAUUUUGUCGGGCUGGCAACAAACGGUGAUUAUAUCGGCUGCGGCUCAGAAAACAAUUCAUUGUACGUUUAUUACAAGGGUCUUUCAAAACAGCUUUUUAGUUUUAAAUUCGAUGCCGUUCGAAGCGUUUUAGAAAAAGAAAAACGGGAAGAAGAUGUAAAUGAAUUUGUUUCAGCUGUCUGCUGGCGACAGCACUCGAACAUCGUCGUAGCAGCAAACAGUCAAGGUAUAAUAAAGAUUCUAGAACUCGUAUAAAAAUGUGUAACCAUAAGAAAAGAUGUUAGAACUUUUUUUCAAGAAGAUUUAUACUGAAAAUUUAUCAUACUACUAAAUUAUAUAAACCAAUCAGUAGUGAUAUAAAUUCUGUACUUAAGACGUUUCUCUAAAUUUUUAUUUAGGUGUUUACCAAGCAUAUUAUUAAUAUGUAAAUGUUAAAAAAGAAAUCAUUAGGGUUUUUGUGGUGGGAUUGAAACAAUACGUUUAUUAAAAACAUGGGAAUUCAAUUAAUAUUAAUGUACGUUGUGUGUGUUAGACAAGUGAUUACCUUGUUUAGGUAUUACUACGCUUAACUCCAAUCUUAAACCAAGUUUACAUUUAAAAAAAGAAAAAAACCUCCCUAUGCUGUAAGAUAAUAAUGUAUAGUACUAUGUAUGAAACAAUAUAUUUUCAUUUACCUUUUUACAUAACUACCAGAUUUUGUGUGGUACAAAGAACAAUUGGAUUUUAAUUAAUGUUUUUUAAGUUUAUUUUUAGUUUUUUUAUAUAUUCUGCUGUGAUCCAAAUGUCAAUGUAUUUAUGUAAAAAAGAAAAAAAAUUAUAUUUAUUAUCGUACUAAGAGGAGGCGUUCGACUUAAGUUUUCCUUAACUUUGUUUUGUUAAGUUGUUAAAUGUAUAUUUUUUAAAUAAAAGGCUGAUCUGAUUAUUAUCUAUAUAUUAUUCUUUCUUUUUUUCUCAAUCAAUUAUGUACUUCGAGGACAAUGUGCCGCUUUAUUUAAAUGUAUUGAAUAAAAUAUACAUGUGUAUAGAUAGAGGAUGAUUAGCAGUAGAAUCAAUUUUGUAAGAAAAACAUUAUUUUUGGCAUAGCCUUAGUAAAACGAUUAAAUGUCGGUUAAUAAAUUAUUUCGUUUAAU